AAUUAAUAAUAAAGUGGUGCAAGAAGCAAUAACCAACAUUUUAAUUGGGUUUUAAUUAUCUUUUCUUCAACCUUAGGCCCAGUAAACUUUUACUAUUUCCUUGUUAAAGUGAGAGCCCACCAGGAAGAAAUAUGCAAGAAAGUUGUGGAACAAGAUAUUUCAAAUUAAUUAAAUUGGCAUAACCCAGAUAGAACCCUAAGAAGUCCAAACGCUGUUUUCGAGUCCAAUUUAUCAUUCCCUCUGCAUUGUGGAAUUCGAUCGGAGUUGCGAUCAAUGACGACACCACCGUCUUCCUCGUCAGCUUCCCAAUCGCAGUUUGCCUAUUCAAACCCUUCCUAUUUUCCCGUCCCAUUUCACCUGCAGCAACCUGCAACAACUCAUUACGCUGCACCCUACGUCGCCGCCCCCUCCGUGCAAAUCCCCGCUCCUCCCGUCGUCGGUCCGGUUGCGCCGGCGCCGGUUCCCGCUGUAUACUCCGCUGUGCCGCAAUACCAGGCGCAACAGUUAUUUGAAAGGGAUGCACAGAUAAUUACGCCGGAGGCUCUUGAGAAUGUUAAGGCAGCGAUUGCGAGCAGCGACGUGGAACACAAAACCGAUGCCAAAAGGAAAGCGGUUCCUCGCAAAGCUGCUGGCCAAUCAUGGGAGGAUCCUAUCCUCGCUGAGUGGCCAGAAGAUGACUAUCGGCUCUUCUGUGGUGAUCUUGGUAAUGAAGUGAAUGAUGAUGUUCUUUCAAAAGCUUUUUCCCGAUUUCCUUCCUUUAACAUGGCACGAGUUGUCAGAGAUAAGCGCACUGGUAAAACAAAGGGUUAUGGAUUUGUGAGCUUUGCCAAUCCUUCUGACCUUGCUGCUGCACUUAAAGAAAUGAAUGGAAAAUAUGUUGGAAAUCGGCCAAUAAAACUACGCAAGAGUAACUGGAAGGAGAGGACUGAUUAUGAAGCACUGGAGAAACAGAAGAAUCACAUUCAAAAGAAACCAAAGUUGUCCAGGAAAGGUGUGCUGCACAAGUAAAAGGGGCCAGAAUCUAUGUAAAUCAGGUUACCAACUUGGCUAAGUAAAACGGUGUUUACAAAAUGCUAUUUGUCUUUUCAUAUGAAAUGUAGCCUACUUAAGGGCCUCCCUCUCAGAUAUUUAUUUCCAAGGAACUGCUUGCAAAAUUCUGUACCUUAAUUCUGAUGUUUAUAUUUCAGGAAUAUGCAGUGGGAUGAGGAAUUAAACUCAAAAUGUAUAAAAUUUGACUUCUGCAUAUUUGAAUUAAUGAAAAAUCUUAGAUUAUGUACUCAUGUUCGCCCUUUGGGGAGAAGGGUAAAUACAAUUUGAAGAUCCCAUCUGCCACAAACUGGCUACUGAAAACUGUUAUUUAAUGGGAAAAUGUGACUAUGUACCCAUGCUUGGAAGUGUCUUUUGGAUUU